AAAAAAGAAAAAAAAAUAUUGUGUUUUGGUUUACUUUUAAAUAUGUAUUAGUAAAGUCGGCUUCAAAAACAGAGCUCGUCUCAAUUUUCCUCUGUUUUCAGUCCAUCGAUGGCUUCCGCCGGCUGCAGCCAGGUUGAUGAGGUUCAGCCCCACUUUGUUGUAGUUCCCCUCUUGGCCCAAGGCCAUAUGAUCCCCAUGAUCGACAUCGCCGCUCUUCUCGCCCGCCGCGGUGCCCAUGUCACCGUCGUCACCACUCCAUAUAAUGCCACCAGGUUCGAACAGUUCUUCGCUCGAGCCGAGCAAUCAGAGCUCGCGAUUUCGCUCCUCCAAAUCCCGUUCCCUUGCCUGGAAGUUGGCCUCCCAAUCGGCUGCGAGAAUCUCGAUGCUCUGCCUUCUCGUGCCCUUCUCAGGAAAUUCUACAAGGCUCUGUCUUUGCUUCAGCAGCCAUUGGAGCGGUUCUUGGACCUUCAUCUUCUUCCUCCCACCUGCAUACUUUCUGAUAAGUAUUUGUAUUGGACGGCCGAAACAGCCCGCAGAUUCCGAUGCCCGAGAGUCGUUUUCCAUGGCACUGGCUGCUUCUCGCUCUUGAGCUCCCACAAUCUCCAGCUCCACAGUCCCCACACCUCCAUUGAUUCUGAUUCCAAGCCAUUUCUGGUCCCGGGACUGCCUCAUGAGAUCGAAAUUACGAAAUCCCAGCUCCCAGGAUCUUUGAUCAAGUCCCCUGAUUUCCACGAUUUUCGAGACAAAAUCGCAGAGGCAGAGUUGGGAGCAUAUGGGGUUUUGGUGAAUAGCUUCACAGAGCUCGAAAAAGGAUACUCCGAGAAGUACGAGGAAGCAAUCAACAAGAAAAUCUGGUGCGUUGGGCCGGUUUCGCUCUGUAACCAAAAGAGUUCAGACAAAUACGAGAGGGGAAACAGAGCAUCAAUAAAACAGAGCAAUUGCUUGAACUGGCUCGACUCGAAGGACCCAAAAUCGGUCCUUUACGUGUGUCUGGGCAGCCUAUGUCGAAUGAAUCCUCAACAACUGAUCCAAAUUGGGCUGGCUCUAGAAUCGGCCGCUCGUCCCUUCAUCUGGGUGAUCAAGAACAGAGAGGAGCUGGAGAAGUGGGUAUCAGAGGGAUUUGAGGAGAGAAUCAAAGGCAGGGGAUUGGUCAUCGGAGGGUGGGCUCCGCAGGUGCUGAUUCUGUCGCAUCCAGCGAUCGGAGGGUUCGUGACGCACUGCGGGUGGAACUCAACGGUGGAGGGGAUCUGCGGCGGGGUGCCGAUGAUCACGUGGCCGCAGUUUGCAGAGCAGUUCUUGAACGAGAAGCUGGUGGUGGAGGUUCUGAAGAUUGGAGUGAGGAUUGGGGCGGCGGUGGAGAGGGCUGUGAGAUGGGGGGAAGAGGAGAGAGUGGGAGUAAUGGUGAAGAAGGAGGAAAUUGAGAAGGCAAUUGGGAUGGUGAUGGAUGGUGGAGAAGAAGGAGAAGAGAGAAGAAGAGCUGAAGAUUUGGGGAAAAUGGCCGCAAAAGCUAUGGAAAAUGGAGGAUCUUCUCAUCUCAAUUUGUCACUCUUCAUCAAAGAUGUAAUGGCUGAAUCAGCUCAUCUCAAGGCUUAACUUUUCUUUAUUUUUUUUUCU